UUCCGGUCGAGAGUCAUCGUGCACGCGGGAAACACAAGAAGAACGUCGCGCUUUCGAAAGUCGCGAUCGAGAAACUCUCACGGCGCUUAAACGUCGAGAUACGACUUUAUCAGUACGUCGUGAUAAACUCAGAGAUUACGACUCUCUUUGCGUCCAAUUGACGUCGUGGCGCGUCCUCGAAAGACGAGGCGCUCACUAUAUACGAAUCGCCGCGUCUCUUUCUUUCUCUCUCUCUCUCUUUCUCUCUCUCGAGAAAGAGCUGUAACAGGUGACACAAUUAAUCCUGGUCGGGUCGCGAUUGGUUGACGCAUUUUCUCUCCUUUCGUUCCUCUUCCUCUUCCUCGUUACGUACGAAAGCGAAGAGAAACGCGGCGCGAAACUCUCUCGCGGAACGAUGGCAGGUCGGAGCGGGCGUGCAGUCGUCGAUCCCGUCGCGCGCUCGGAAAUCAUCGCCGCCGAUCGCCGACGGAGCUGAGCCGGCGAGGAUACGACUGGGGCACGCGAGAGUUGAGUGAGAGAGCUCGUUGACGGACUCGUUGGCGGACAUCGUCAACGAAUGGCUCGCAAACAACGCGCGACGAGUGUUGCUCGCGGCGAUAAUAGCUCGCGAAUCGGAGCUCGCGUCCUUCUCGGCGCGCCGAGUACGCGCGGGGUCACGUUCGCGCGCCGAUCAAAUUGAGAAAAAAAAGGAGAGAGAGAGAGAAAAAAAAUCAUCAGACAACGCGAUCAACAAGGAGGACGGCCGAGAGUUGCGUGGCGAGCGGACGAUAACGAGGCGGCACGCAGAAGGAGCAUCGCGUCGAGUGGAAAGGAGGUCCCGGCCGGCGCCUUCGUCGUCUCUCGCCUCUCUCGUUGCGGCGCGGCGCGCCGAGCUUGUCAGCCAACAAGACGAUUAGGCGACGAUCGGCAGCUGCAUGCUUCCUCGGCUUGAGAUUCGCUCGAGGUUCGCGUGGAGUCUUGACUCGCUCGUACUCGAGCCGAAACGAAAAGAGCCAGUAGACCCGAACGAGGUCUGCCGUAUAAACGUUGGCAAAUCGCGGCUUGCAAAAUCGGAAGGAGAGAACGCCGCGGAUCGAGGAUAGAGUAAUUUUCCAAUCGAUUGGAUACGAGUGUGAGUGCGAUAUCGAUAUGACCGACGACGCGAAUUGACGCUUCGAAAGUGAGAGGAGGCGCGCACGGGAGAGAGAAGCGAAAAUGAUGAUGCCGCCGCCGCAGAUCGUGGGUGUCCUGCUGAAGAAACCGGGACAGCAGACUCACCCACGAUUGCCUCCCCUGGAUCCACAGGAGACCAAAAUUAAAGGCGAGCUGUUCGUGGAGGAUCUCGGCGAGAGAAGGACGGUUUCCAUCAGGAUGGGCUGGUUAUGGGUGGAGGGCACCCCGAUGAGGUUAGCGUUGCGAGCGUUGAAUCUCCGUCAAGCGCCGCCCAGCCUCGGUCAACCGCACACGUUCGCUCUAGGGUUUACCUUGAGCAACUCACAGGGUCGUUCGCUUGCUACGUUUUGGGCGGAUACGGAACCGAUCUAUUGGUCUUGGGUCAGAGCGAUCGCGGCCGAACUAGUCCGGCAAACGCCGUUUCGCGCUCAACGAUGCUUGAACUUCCUGGAGAUAUUGACCAUUUGUCCGAGAGGCCCGGUUCCGUUGCCGGACAGCCCGACGGAAACGAGGAGGCGAUCCCGCAGCGAAUUACGUUGCUGGCCGAGCGACUCGCCGAUGGAGAAGACGGCGAUGUGCACGACGACGAUCCUUGACGAUUCUAGGAGGAGGGCGAGGAGCGAGUUGCGCGGUUGGUCCAGCAGCAACUCGAGCGACGAGGACCUCCUGGGAGAAUUUCGGAGCAUACCCACUGUGAUAAGCGGCAAGGACCAACCGGUCGGCAGGGCGUGGGGUUGCAGCGAAAGCAGCGAGGGUAGCGACGACAGUCUCCCCUGGGGUGGCGUAUGCCGGUCGACCGAUGCGGUGGACUCCCGCAGCGUUCCCUUACCGGAACCAGAAACGCGGGAACAGAGGAUACAGAGGUACAAAGAGGCGCGCAGACGCGAGAACGAGGCGAGGAGCCGGCGGGUCCUCGAGGAGGACGCGAGGCGAAAGGCGAGAGCCGAGGAAAACAACAACAACUUGCCGAAGGUCUACGGUAGAACCAGGAGCAGGAUUAGCGCCGCCAACGACAACGACGAUGCCCGUCUGACCCGCUCGCCGAAGAAGGAACUUCCCACGCUGACCGACACGCGGAGGCAAAACGACAAUUCGAUCGUCGAUCGACUACCUCCGCUCAAGCCGCACGAGUCCACCACGGUCAGGUUCACCGAGGAAAAUCAUCGGAACGAGGACGACAAGCGAAACAACAACAGCAGUCCCAGAUGUGCAAACGGUAGUCCCGGGAUACUCAGAUCGGACAUCAGCGAGAGGAGAAGUAGAGCCAGAGAGAGGAAGAUUUUUCGUGAGAAGGUGUCGCAGAUCCAGCACUCACAGACACAAUUCACCGGCACUACUAUUGCUAACGUGGAGACUCUAAGGGAACGAAAGGAGCGGUUGGCUCUUCUGUCUUCCAGAAUUCCCAUUCCCCGUCAGUCAUUGCAACUGAGCGUAAGGUCCACAGAUUGCCCGGUGAUCGCAUCGCCGGGCUCACCGUCGGCCUUGACGAUAAUGCCACCCUGCGAGGAGGAGGUCGCCAAGCUUCUGGAGCGAUGUCAGAGGGUGGAUCACUACGUGACGGUGCGGGAGAAGCUGACCCUCUUCGAGUCCCUUUCGAGAUUAGGCGGCCGUCUGGCCAGGAGCACGGAGGAUCUCGGCCGAACGGCUUCCAAGCCCAGUCCCAGGGGCAAACAACGCGCCCGGUCCCUUCACGAUCUCAACAGAGGCGCCCGGGGUCUGCCUGUGCGAGAGAUGUGCCGAUUCUUCGAGGGCGAUCUGGAGCAAGACGCCUGCCAGAAGGCGAUAAAUCUCGCGAAAACGAGAUUCAGCGAUCCGCCCGCGAAGAACACGUGGAAGGAUCAUCCGAGUGCGAAGCACGAGGCAUCGUGCAUCAGCGCUUCCGCGAGAAAGAAGCAUUAUCUGAAGUGAACGCAGCUGGCGAAUCGUUCGUUCAGAAUGAAAACAUCCUCGAGUUCACGAUCGUCUCAUUGAAAAUGAAGUAGCGAGCUCAAAGCAUAACGGAGUAAAUAUUCGAUUAUCAUUAUUCUUAUAUCUUCCUCUCAGCAUAAAUUUUCAUAAAUUAUGCAGAUUUCUCGGAAUCAGCGUAAAGCUAGAAAAGAUUUUCCGAUCGAACAAACCAGGAUACAUUUCCUCUCAAAACCUAAAAGUAUAUAUUAUGACGACUGAAUUCCGUUUCUACCGCGUGACUGAUAAAUCAAUUGUGCAUAUUAACUGUCAUAUAUAGAAUCAUCAGAAGUUCGCGAACGUUCCUCUACCGAUGACAAUCAGUUUCUCGACGAUUCCUCACGUAGGAUUCCCGGUGUGCGAAGGUAACUCGAUUUAGCCGCGCUUAUCAAACACGUGGAUUAGAAUCACCUCCGUUUGAUUGUGUCUCGCGGGCGACGAUUGUCACACUUGCGCCGAGAGAAAGUCGCCGCUCGCGCGCGCGCAGGGGCCUUUUUUCACGCUCGAGGCCCCGAACUGUGCUCGAUUCUCUUGGAAUUACCGGUUGUCGCGAUCGGCCGUCAAAGUGGAGGGGAAAAAAAAAAAGAUGUCGAUACUCAGUUAUGUGCGCGUCUUACGAAAGUGAAAAUAGAGAAUACCAAUUGUCAUAGAAAUUUCUUACCUCAGAAUCAGAUUUCACCUUUAUAUAUUCGCUACGCUAUAAUAUCGUUUCGGAUUAUAGACAAUUCGCGUUUGUUUGCAUUAAAAAAUAUCGAAUUGGCAUAUAACGCUUGUCGAUUGUGCGUAUUAGGCGGGAUCAAGCGUGGCCGAUCGUGACACGGGGGGAAUGACGGAAAAAGAAAGAGAGACAGAGGAAUAGAGAAAGAGAGCGGAAGGGGGGGGGAAUCAGAGAAACCGGUAAUUUACGUUCACCGAGCGAUUGCCGCAACGUUGAACACCUGUAUGUAUACAAACUAUAUACAUACAGCGAGCCGAUCGCCGAGCUCGUUUUUCGAUUAGCCUGAAUUUUCGAUCGUCUGGAUUUUAAUCAGGCAACACAUUCUCAUUUAAAUAUCCAAAGAAAUGAAUGAUGAGUAUUGUGAAUGUUUAUAUGACGUUUGCCCCCCAAUUAUACAAUAAUUACAAGAAAUUACAUGAAAUUUGUAUAUAAUUGACUAAUUUCAUUCUGUACCUGAAAUCGUUGGUUCUACGUCUUCUUCUACUUAGGCUAUAGUUUAACUUUUGUUAUAUUAUCCUCGUUGCAACUGUAAAUAAAUGUCUAAUUAUCGAUUUAUAUGAUUUAUAUGUACAUAUAUAAAUAUAUAUAUAUAUAUAUUUAUGUAUAAUAUGUAACCUUUGUUGAGUGUGUUAACGUGUAUUAUUUGCCAUUAGGGCGGCGAUCGCCCUCCGUUGAAUCUCUCGAAUUUCCGUCGAGAGCCAGGAGUACGGACUAGAGUCGACUUCCGCUUAUUUCGAAUCGAAACGAUAAUUUCCGCUCGUAUAAAACUCCCCUUACUCUCUCGUUCCUUUUGGUAAUUGAUAACGCGCGCAAUGUAUAGAAAUAAAAUAUAAUAUGUUCUAAUCCCAUAUGAAUGAGUAAAAAUGAAGUGACAAAAUAAAGAAAUGAAUCUGACUUUGAGAGAAGAUAUAAGAUAAAAGAGAAGAACAAUUGUGUUUGAUGGGAAAGACUUCUUAAAACGAAACCUUGUUGUUUGUCCAAUUUUUAAAUAUGAAGUUUUUAAAUGAAGAAAUUAUAAUACUUCCUGAUUAAACGAUAAUUAUUAUACAUUGUUUUGAUAAUUAUUAUAAAUUAUUUUGAUAAUUACAUACGCUUACCGAAAUUGAUUGUUUCGACAACAUUUGUUACAGCCAAGACUUGGGAAAUAAUAAUUUGUAUAGUUAAUUGAACUUCCAUCGAGACGUUUUGUGCUCGAAAAGGACCGCCACUUAUUUUUGUAUUCUCGUUUGUUAUAUAGUAUAUGAAGUGCGAUUUUCUUGCGUUAUAUGUAUAGAAUUGUGAACGUAAUGUAACAGAAUAAGGAGGAUUAUAUUGUAAAAAUAUUGCGGAAAAUCAAUUCGAGACAGAGCGAUCGAGAGUUAAUUUCUUCAUUAAUUAUUCGCAUAUGAUUGUUCUCAUUGAAAGUGUUCUGGAGUUCUUUAUGAUGAAAUUUACGUUCGUUUGGCAUUGUUGAUUAAUUUUUACUUAAAUAUUAAUUGAAAAAAAUAUUGACAAUAUUACAAAAUAGUAAAAAAUUAGUUAUAUUGCUAUUACAUAUUAACUUACAAUUAUUGCACAUUACAAUUGUUACAUAUUAACAUAUGUGACAUAUUGAACAUUAUUAAAAUUUUUUCAAUUAAUAUUUAAAACGUAUUUUUCGUAUUUCUGAAAGAAUUCCAAGAUACUAUCAAGAGACCCGAUCGCGAAGUUGCCAGCAGUCGACGACCGUCUACAGGGUGAUCGAAAUGACCCCGUUAUCGUUGUAUUUUGUAGUAAAUUCGGUCAAACGGUGUCAUUUAUCAGUGCCACCCGGUACGAAGGGUUGCUCGCCAAAGAGGUCUUCUAGUCCCUCGGUCGGAUAAUUCCGUAAGGUUAUCCCCCACAUAUGUAUAACUAUACUCCUCGAUAUAUAUUCUGAUUUUUAUUAUCCCACGAAAAUACUUGUCAAACGGUACGGAAUCGCGUACCGUCCGCGGCGCAAUUUACGCGGCGAAAGUUGCGCGUCUUUGUAUUUACCUUUGUUGUAAUAAAAAGGCACGAAUAAUGGCCGUUACAU